AUGUAUAAACAUCGCCGCCUCAGUCGUCCGUUACCAAAGAAGUUUCCCAAGGAUGUAACUGUAACUAAUGUAAUGUAUGAUAAGGGAAGAAAGUUUGAUGACUUCGACAAGAGGUUUUUUCCAAACAUUUUGACAAACCGAAGCUGCUACUUCAGUCCGGAUCUGAGGGAUGCAGGGCAACUUACCGACUAUGUAGCCAAUGAAGAAAAUGAAAAAAGAUUGCAGGAACAGAACGGCUCGAAUUGCCAGUCGAAAGAUAUGCAAGAGUUUAUAAAAGAACUUAAGAAGAUCAUACACGAUAUUUUACCUAAGGGCAAACGUAAUUCUGAGGAUGUCCCUUAUAAUCUUGAGGGAAUAAAAGAAGUUAGUUUAAUAAAUUUGCAGGACAAUGAUAGUGUGAAUGAAAUUGAUAGGCUUACUUGCGAAGGAAGUGAUGAUCAACAAACAAACGGACAAUCUAAGGACUCUCCAAAAAGUGUUUACAUUUCUGAUGAACCACGCAUAAAAGUCAUUGCAGAAAAAUUCGCUCGAUACAAAAACAACCUCGUUGAAUUAAGAAAAUUAAAAGAGCGCGUAGUUUGCAUUGAAUACGAUGUAUACGUCCGCGGCGAAGAAUCUAACUCCGAGCCGUUUCAGAAAUUAAGAGCAUACUUUUCUGUUAAACCGGUCUCUGAAAAUGAAGGUGACACAAUUCCGAAUAUUCCAUCUGCUAUUAAAAGGGACUGUGAUAUAACUAAUGAAGAUUUUAAAAACGUAUACGAAGGAAUCGAAAUGAUCGACGCAAACAUACCUGAAAAUAAAUCGUAUCUCGAAGGCCUUAAAAGUGUCCUCAAACGGCAACAAACUAUUAAAAUUAAAAAGAACAAGGCUUUUGACCCCAUGUAUUUGUAUGCUAUGGCUAAAAGGGAUAAUCUCCUUUCAAACGACUAUUCGUAUACGGACUUUUUUUCAAAGGCCGAGUUGGAUGAAAUUAAAGAUUUGAUUAUGAAGAAAACGACUUCCAGUGUACAUGGUAUAAGUAGAAGAAAAUUAAUACCAGAAAAAGAUGACACAAAGAUUAAAGAAGGAAAUGAAGACGUAAAGAAUACUAUAAUCGAAGACCUUUUCAGAGUCAUGUAG